CCAGUCGAGUCGCUUUUACUCCGCGACAUCUCUCUCGAAGAGUUCAGUUCAGUGUGAAAGAGCGAUGGAGAAGGUUGUGCACCUGUAAAGAAUUUCUAUAGAACACAAAACUUGUAAAUUUUCACUACUUGUGACCACUCAAUUACCAAGAAAUUGAUGGGAAAGUGUAACAGAGACGUGUAGUGUUGUCAACAAUUGUAAAAAUGCAUGCAAACGCGGGGACAAUGGCAGGAAAAUUGAUUUUUGGUGUUUGUUUACCUUUUGCUCUGUUUUUCUCCACAAAUGGAUACCUAAUUCAGCAUCAGUGUUCCCAUCAGCAUCCAAAGGCGCACGAGGUUAUCCAUGGCGCCCACAUCGAGCCGGCACACAAAAUCCGGAAGCGGAGCCUCGAUCAGCCACUGCGAAUGACCAUCACAUACGAUGAGUCUGUUUAUAGACUGGACGAAGAUAAAUUCGAAUUAGUUAAUACAAUCAUUCUGCCAGAAGCUGUUCAUUUUUGGGAGAAAGCGCUCAUGGUGCGGGAAACGAAACAAGUCAUUAGAUUAAAUAGGAAAUGCGAGAGCAGUCAGGUUUUCGUGAAAAAUUCCCUGACUUACUGCAUUGACUCGUGCAAAGCCACAACGAUGUGUGGCGAGGUGGCCGUGCCGGAGAAGCACUUGGACGUGUGUCGAACGUGCAAUGCGACGGGCCAGGAUUGUCGCGAAGCUCCUGGCUCAAAGGCCGGUCCGGGCAUCGCUCACACGGAUUUCAUCUUCUACGUGUCGGCACGACAGACUGAGCGAUGCCACAAGGGACUCACAGUGGCUUAUGCGGCUCAUUGUCAGCAAGAGGCGGCUCUGGACAGACCGAUUGCCGGUCACGCGAAUCUCUGUCCGCAGAGCAUUAGCACAAAGCCGCAGGAGUUGCAGACAUUGCUGUCCACGGUGAAGCACGAAAUCCUGCACGCGCUUGGCUUCUCCGUGAGUCUGUAUGCGUUCUUCAGGGACGAGAAGGGUUACCCGAGAACACCCAGGAAGCCAGACACGGGAAAGCCCUAUCUGAAUGAGAAGCUGCAGAUUCACCAGUGGAGCAAUUCCACCAUCAAGCGCAUCGUGAGAGAGCACUGGGCUGUCCGCGGAGGGCAUAUUCGAAGGGCGAUUGACAUGAUGGUGACACCGCGGGUGGUGGAGGAGGCGCGGAAGCACUUCAACUGCAACAUUCUCGAGGGAGCUGAGCUGGAGGAUCAGGGUGGCGAAGGGACGGCUCUCACCCACUGGGAGAAGAGGAUAUUCGAGAAUGAGGCAAUGACGGGCACUCACACUCAAUCUCCGGUCUUCUCGAGGAUAACACUCGCCCUCAUGGAGGACUCUGGCUGGUAUAAGGCCAAUUACAGUAUGGCAUCGCCGCUGACGUGGGGUAAGAACCUGGGGUGCAAUUUUGCCAUGCGAAGCUGCAAAGAUUGGAUUGCGAUGAAUCACGCAAACGAAUCACUUUCCUCGGGAGCCAGUGAAGCAUUUCGAGGUCGCACGAUUCACCCGUUCUGCUCGAAAGUCAAAAGAGAUCCACUUCAGACAGAAUGUACCGACGAUAGAAAUUCAGUGGCCUUGUGCAAUUUGAUCCGACACGACUAUCCACUGCCCAAAGAAUAUCAGAAUUUCGACAGCAUCGCACACGUUGCUGCCGGUGAGGAGGAGUUCUACGGCGGUUCCGUGUCACUGGCAGAUCACUGUCCCUACAUCCAAGAGUUCACGUGGAGGAGCAAAAACGUCACCGUCAGGGGUUCACAGUGUCAAUUCGAAGACAAUAAUCCAAAGCCUGAGAAGAACUUCGCGCUGGAGUCUUAUGGCGAGAAUUCCAAGUGUUUCGACCACACUGACGCCAUGUGGGAGGAACGAUCGUGCCGACAGACACGGGAAUGGCAGCACUGGGGCUCAGGUUGCUACAACUACCGUUGCGAGGAGGGCAGACUGCACAUCCAGGUGUACAACUACUCAUUCGAGUGCUACCACGCCGGUCAGGAGAUCAGCGUGCGUAUCUUCGCGGGCGGAUGGCUCCACCGAGGCGCCCUGCGCUGUCCUCCGUGCCGCGAUGUGUGCAGCGAGGAGUUCGCCAGCCGCGGCGAGCACUGUCGCGUUGGCGAGGAAGCGCCGCCGCCCAACUUCUAUCCUCGAGACGAGCUCAGAUGCUCGGGAGUGCGCUGGCGGCCGCCGCACUUGCUGCUCGCCAUCCUCUGUCUCUUGCUGCCCGCGGGACUAACAUAGUCCGGGCAUGUGAAACUGAUCACGAGGGCGUGAUUGGGUAUCUGGAAUGUGAUAAAACAGAAGAGAAAACUAUGUUAAAAACACUGUAAAGUGUGAAAUUGUGCGUGGAAGUGAGCGGAAGCGUGUGAAUGUGACUUAGGAAGAGGAGGAAAGAUAAGAAAUCCCUGAGGUGAACCCUGAGAGAGACGUUUCGUGUUCAAAAAAGAACUUUAAAAGCCACUUUUAUCAAUUUCAAUUGUAAAUGUAAAAGAAAAAGUUAAAAAGUAUUUUCCAAAUCGGCGAUUUUCCAACAUCAUUCACAUUUUAGAUAGCAGUUAGGCGGUAAUUUAGUGAGAAGGAUGAAAAGAUAGGGAGCAUGAUAGAGAGAAAAAAUCCACUGUAUUAGAGAAUUUAACUAAUUUAUUGCUUAGGAUGUGAGAAAUACCACAAAGUAUAAAUACUCAUGAAGUUUUCAAGGCUCUAUAAGUAGGAUUAAUUGUUUUCUUUUUGUGGACACAAACGAAAGUGGACUGAUUAGAAGCAUUCCCAAUUUGUGCAUUAUCUCUCCUCUGUAGCAUUUCAUGCUCUGGAGGACAAUGAAGAAGCCACAACAUUCCCUGUGAAUUACCAGAUCAUCAUACCGACUCACGUGGACGAGAAGUACCAUCAUAUUUCGAGAUAAAUUGCCAAAGUGACAUGUAAUUUGUUCAAAAAUC